GCAAACAGCUGAUGUUUUUUCGUCUGCUUUCUUGCCAUCAAAACAAAAACAUCAGCCGAGCUUCAAGGACAAGGCCACAUUUCAUUCAUUUGAGUUUUAUUGUAUACAAAAUUGACAACUAGUGUGUUGAGUGCAAUUAUUUACGUCGGAAUCAAAUAACUGAACAGACAAAUUGCUAAAAGCUGGUUCAAUAACCCUUCCGUUAGAACAAUUAUUGUGUUAAACUCCUGAAAAGAUGACAACUCCUACACAAGUGUUGAAGGUAGUUGGCCCUAAGCUGGUACCCUUCUUCAAGACAGUGGCCAUCUAUUUCGUGCUCUACAUACCAGUGGAGAGGCCAUCGUUGUUCGCAGCUGUCAUCAAAUGCCUUCCAAUAGUCAGUCUUGUCAUUUUCGUUCUUCUUCAUGGAAUGAGUUUGGCAGAUGAGUACGCUUUCUCGCGUAGGAUCCUGAGUGGUCUAAUCCUGUCCUGUAUUGGAGACGCAUUGCUUGUGUGGCCUGAAUACUUUCUACAUGGUAUGGCUGCUUUUGGGGUGGCACAUGUGCUCUAUACCUAUGCGUUCGGCUUUAAACCCUUCAAUGCAGCUCUGGGAGUCAUAUUGUAUGCCCUAUGUGCUGUGGCUAUUGCAGUUUUUAUGCCAGGAUUGAGUGGAGAACUGGCAAUUGGAGUUCCUCUCUACACUUUUCUCCUUGUUACCACUGUAUGGAGAGCCAUAGCUAGAGUCCAGUUAUUCGAAGAGCUUUGGACUUGGACAAAGCUAUGCUCAUGUGCCGGAGGAAUUAUGUUUGCUGUAUCCGAUGGAUUAAUUGGGAUUCAUCAUUUCUAUCACCCGGUUCCUUACUCUCAGACACUUAUAAUGGUGACAUACUACGCGGCGCAACUAGGCAUAGCACUGAGUGUGGUCGACUCCAAGGCUGAUUUCAACGCCAAGAGAGACGCUGAACUUCUACUCGAAACUGAGAGAGAACUAAGGGAGACCGAGAGAGAACUUAGGGAGACAGAGAGAGAAGAGAGGGAGCAUUUGAGAGAGACAGAAAUGACACAACGCCAAGCUCAGCUGAGAGAAGAUCGUCUACCACAGGAAUGUAAUUAGGUGGAGAAUUAUAAUUGUAGUCUGCGAUUUUUAAUUGAUAACUGACUGGUCACAAACCUACUAGAUUACUAAGGGUGUCAGACAGAUAAUCAAAUUUUAAUUAGUAGAUCAUUGGAAAAUCGAAUAUUUCUAUGAAUUCCUUAACCAAAAUCGGGCAUUACCUGAAAUUUUCAUUAGUUACUCAAAUUUGAAACCGAUUAAAUCGGAACUUAUUGUAGAUUUCUCAAUCUGGAAUCAGACACAAUACGGCACUAAAAAAAUGAAAAUUCAUUGCUUGACAAUGACCUCAAAACUUUAUUUCAGAAAUAUUACUAGAUUGAUGUCGAUUCUGUAGGUAUCUAACAUAAAAAAAUAAAAAUGAAGAUACAUAGCAAAUCAAACAUCAAGUUGAAAAAUGUCACCAAAUAUUGAUGAGCACACGGAAUUUCGAAAUUUGCACCCAUCAGAAAAGAACUUCAGUAUAAUAAUAAUGAUUUUUUUAAAUCAGUGUUUACUUUCAUGUAUUCUGUCUGACGUCUAUGGAAAGUGUGUCUUUAGUCUGUCUAGUGACAGUCUUCUUGAGUAGUUGAAUUUUGUAGUUAGAUUAAACUAGAAAACUUGAUAUAUAACUUGAAAAGGGAACUGUAAUUCGACACUGUUGUCAGAUCUACUAUAUUUCCAGUUAACUGGAAAAACGUCAACUAGAUAACUGAUCAAUGUAGAAAGAUAUCAGUUAAUUUCAACUUAUUAACUGAUCGAUUAAAUUAAUAUCAUAGAAGUUUUAUCAACGAUGCUAGAAAACAGAAACAGUUGAAAACCUUUCACAGAAUUAACUAUAGUGAGGUCCACGUUAUAAUGACAGUAUUUGAUUAACUUUGAUGUUGCUAUCCUUGUCUAUCAUUCGACAAAGCAGGUAGUACUAUCCUUUUCUAGCUCAGCAACGAUGACAAAUCUGUUUUUGACAAUGUAGAACUAUAAUUAAUGAAGGCAGAGAAACGGCAACACUCUGUUCUAUCUCCAUCCACUGCCAUUAUAGCGUGGACCUCACUAUAGUAGUAUUGUCAUUAUCACUGCCUUAUAGAUAUUGAAUAAGCCACUAUCAUGUUGCUUCCCAAAAAUGCAUUGGAUCAUCUCCUUGAAGAUACUCUAAUCAAAAUGUCUAGUACAUUCUAGAAUACGGCAGAUAUACAUUCGAAGAUACUGCUGUAAAUUCACUGUAUGUUUUCCAGAGUUUUGAGAAGAACAGAGUCUUUCAAAAACUAUGGAGAACAUUAGAGUCAAAAAUACUCAUACUAAAUUAAUCACAAAAUGCUUCUGUUUAUGAAGAUGAAACAUAAAUGUUCAAUAUGUCCUUCAUUAGAUGCACUAACAAGAUUUAGUGGUUUACAACUUUUUAUUGUUAUCGGAUGGACACGCUAACUGUCGGUCCCGGCUGAAGUAUGGACAGUCGUAAGGCCCAUUGACGGCUCAAAUGAUAUAUUAAUGCCAGGUGGGGCCUUCUCGUAAGGGACUCCCCACCAACAAAAACCCAUACGAAUUUACUUACAACUUUUUAUGAAUUUGAGGCACUUUCCAUCUUCAUUAUGUCUUCCUGAUAAAUCAACAAUUCCGAUCCAAUGCAUUUAAUUCUGUGGAACGGUGACUUGGGUAGGUAGAACAGCUAAGAAUUAGAAAAGACUGACUGAAACUGUUGAUAACUUGAAAAAAAGAAAAUAAUUGAAAAUUGUGAGUAGAUUACUUUUGCAAUGUCUUGCCUAUCAAUCAAUGUAUCCCAAAAAGCAUUAUAAAAUGUAUUACAGUAAGACUAUUUAGUUUCAAAUUAAUUAUAUAUGAAUCUUGAUGUAAUAUACCUUUUUCAGAAUUCUCUGAUGAACAUCAUACCAUCAACAAACUACAAUAAAAUCUAUGUUAAUGAGAAAUUAGAAGUAGAGACCAAAAACAUUAUAAAUUUUCCCUUUAACUAAGUAGAAGGGAGAUCGUCUAGGAUAUAAGAACUAUUAGUAGUUAUAAUUGAAUUUAAUAUAAAAUAGUUUGGUGUCUGUAUAGAAUAGGAAUAAGGAUACAUGUUAUAAUAUUCAUAUAUUGUUAAUAACUAUUAAGUAGCUGAUGAUAUUUACCGACAUUUUGAAAGUUGUCUAGGAUUUUGUUCAACAAUUCACUAUCAAAACUACAAUGCAGCUUCUAAAUUAAAGUAAAUUAAAAUUCCAAAGAUUUGUGUGAUAUGUAUUUACAUUUAUUUGAUUUGUGUAUUUUGACGUGAUUGAUUAGAUAGUUUUUGAUGAGGAUGCAGUACGAAUUUUUGAUCUUUUGAUUUUAAUUGAUGUAUCAAGAAUAUAAUUUUAUAAAUAUUUGAUUUUUCAGAAAAUGUCUCCUUUUUUCAGAUAGGAUCAGUAGAAAUUUUAUUGCAAUAAUCUGUUAAAUAAAUUCCUAGGAUCGCAUGGUAUUUAAAAAUGACAUAUGAUACUCAAAAGUGAGAGGAGAAUAUGAUCAUAAACCAAAAAAAAUCAAAUACAUUGUAAUAGUGAAAUUUAAAAGGAAUGCUACUUUAUUGAGUUCCUUAGAUUAAAUAAAUGUAUAGUAGUCUACUUAAUUUUACAUUCUUCAAUUUGUUUGAGAAUUCCAAUACAGUAUUAUAUUUUGAGCAGUAUUUUCGUUCAUUGCAUCACAUUUUACAUUAUUUGCUUUAUUACUUUUAUAUUUAAAAGUGGUUUGAAAGAUCAUUCGACAUGUAUGAUGAAUAAUUUCAAUUGUAGGAUCAUUCGAAAAACAAGGAUUAAUUAUCUAUAAUAAAUAAAUAAAUAAAUAAAUUAUCAAUUAGUUAUUAAUUAUAAACUAUUAACAAAUUACAACACUAUUGAUGUAAGAUGUGAAGUUAUUAGAAUAUGUCCGAUAGUAUAUUUAGUGUUGAGAAAAUUCUUUGUCUUUGUAGAUGAAUCCAAACUCAAUUGAAACCAAAAUCAAAUUUGAAAUCUUCCACAUGAUUGUAUAAAAAUCAACUGAUGUAGAUUCCAAAAUUGAAGACAAGUUAUAAGACUUGAUUUGAAGACUAGUAGUUAAUAAAAUCAGAAAUUUAGAAGGUUUCUUCCAUAACAUUUUUUAGAAGCUACAAUGGAGCCUAUAGAGUGCACUACUUUAUAAUAGAACAUAUUUUUGUUAUCCCAGAAUAGCAUUAGAUUCGUGUUCAAUGUUUUGAAAUUCUGCAUUUAACAAAAAUUCAACACUUAGAAAUCUAAUUAAGUAGUGAAUAGGAAAAAAAUCUAUUGAAAAGUUGUUGCAUGAUAAUAUUAAAUUCAAUUGCUUGAUAGUACUUUACAGCAAAAUAUGUGUUUCGUUUUGGGAAAAAUUAUUAGUGAAGCCCAAGUGAGUUUUAAGUAUUGUAUCAUAAUCAAUCCAAUUAGUGAUCUCGAUUGACCUUGCAUACCUUGUUGAGGUUUCUGUGCUUUCUAAUCUUGAAGAUUAGAUGAGCGACGAUUGCUCGAUUCUCCAGUUGUUUAGGUAACCGCUUAUGUGGGCAUUACACUCAGCAAAACCUCUCAUUAUUAUUGAGAAAAAUUAGAUGUGGAAAACUUUAUUGAAAUUCCUUUACAGCAUUACUAAUAACUACUACUAAUACCUACCUAUUAAGAAAUUUAUUGAGCUCAUCAUUGUCUAGUAUCUCAUUAAUGGAAAAGUUAUCAAUAUUGUGAUUUAGCCAGAUCUCAAACGUUAGUUAUCAGAUUUUAUUAUUUAUUUUAGUCUUGCUCAAUUUUCCUAGAUGUUAUAGUACUGAUUUUCUUCUAGUGUAAAAUUAAUUGCUUGUGGUUUACUUUGAAGUAUAUUUUUAUUUUCUACUAUUAUUGUAGUAUUAUACUAUUAUCCUAGUACUAAAUCAAUAAACUGUAUUGGAGAUGAA